UUUGGAGUAGCCACAACAUCCUUAAUUAAUUAAAAUUAUAUAUUAAGAAGCCUUUGGCGAAAAUCACACUAAAGUUAGGCAUAAAAUUUGUAAUUAAUUAUACGCAAUAUGACAUCAUGCAGCCUUUCGAGCACCAAAAAGGAGCGGAAGAAUACUGUUCACGCUGAAGGUCAACGCACAUAUCUCUGGUUUCUCUCGAUCAAUUUCUGCUUGGGAGGUGUUGUUAGCUUCCCCUUGGUGUGAGGAGUAAGCAUAUAUACUUUAUUCAAGCAUCAAGGAGGUUGAAUGGGAAUUUGAUGCGAGAUGGCGAAACCUACAUCUACGACGGCUCAGCCGUCUUCAGCUCAGCCUCCGCCUCUGGGGAAUGCUUGGGCCGGUAAGAAGUCCUUCGUUUCUGUUCUAUUGGACAAAGCAGAUGCUACGCUAUCAGCUACUACUGGUGCUCGCUAUAAGGGGUUGCCAGCAGCAAACUUCUCAGAGGAUGACAUUCAGAUUCUGGCAGACAAGCAUAAACGAGCUUUGGUUGGUUACUUUUACAAGGGUCGGCCUCCAAUGACUACUCUUCGAAAAUCCUUUGAAAUUAUAGGGUUUAAGGGAGGUUUUCAUUUGGGUUUGCUGGAGAAGAAGCAUGUGCUAAUCAGAUUUGAUCUCGAAGAAGACUAUAUCCGAUGCUGGAAUCGUCAGAAAUGGGAUAUAUACGGUAACGUUAUGAAGGUCACCAAAUGGUCCCCCGACUUUCAACCUAAUGUGGAAUCCCCGAUUGUUCCGGUGUGGUUAACGUUUGAGGGAUUACCAAUCCAUUUGCAUGACAAAAGAGCGAUGUUUGUUAUCGCUAGCUUAAUUGGAACCCCUCUAAAGCUUGAUAUUGCUACUACAACAUUGGCCAGACCAUCUCUUGCAAGAGUGUGCGUAGAGCUUGAUCUAACCAAAGAGAUGCCGUCUAAAGUAUGGAUCCAAACUGGCAAAACAGGGUUUACCCAAUCUGUCAUUUAUGAAAAUAAGCCCCAAUAUUGUCUUUCUUGUCUACACUUGGGGCAUGUUGCUCACAGUUGUCCUAUGAAACUACUGGAGGGGAAGUCUGAAGAGCCUGAGAAGCUAGUGGAGGGGAAAAAAACUAUCAAUGCGGGUUCCAAGUGGGUGGCAAAACUCAAUACUCAACAUACUUCAACGGGGAAAGAAGGGAAGGGGAAUGAUCAACACAGAAUUACAGCGCCAGAAACUUCAGCAAAAGAGAAGGGGAAAGCGAUUGUAGUGUAUGCGCCUGCAAACAAGCAAGUAACUCCUCAGCCUGGCCCUUCCUCCAUGCCUCAAGCUGGUCCUUCCUUCAAGCUGCUGGAUGAGCAGACUAUUAUACAAGAUAAUGCUGAGUCAGACACUGAAGAAAUCUUCCAUGAGGAGCCACCUGCACAGAACAAAGAGGUAGAAUGUCACAAUGAAAAAUGCAGCAUUCAACAUAUGAUACAAGGGGAAAUUCCGGGGUUGUCACUUUCAGCAGGAUGUGAGAAAAUUAGAGACGAUUUCUUCUUACAAUUUAUGGCAAAAUCUGCAGAUUUUGAUCAAGAACUUGCUGCUAAAGAAUAUGGUUCUGACUCAGAGCUUCCCAAUAAAAAAGAAAAUGUGAAAGAGUGGUUAGUAGCCCUUCCAAGCCUGACUAAUAAAGUGCAUACUCUAAUAUCUUCCAGAAGGGUUAGGGAAGAUUCUGAGCUACUUUCUGCAAUGGGUCAGAACUGCAAUGACAACCAAGCACAAAGUGAGGUUGAGGAACCUUUUAUAACCGUUGGAAGAAGAAGAAGGAAGCAAAAGCCCAUGAUACAACAAACCCCAGGAAUGAUUACUAGAAAUGCUGCCAGGAAGCAUACUCAAACUAUUCCUCAACCUUUAUCAUGAAUGGUUUAAUAUGGAAUGUGAGAGGUCUGGCUGCCUCCGGGCCAAGGCUCUCCCAUUUGAUUAAUAAAUGGAGGAUCCAUUUUUUUGUAGCUAUCGAACCAUUGGUUGAUAUUGAUAAAGCUGAUCAUUAUAAAAUGGAGUUUGGUUUCUCUAAUGUUGUUGCUAAUAAUAGAACUAAGGUUUGGAUUUUUUGGGAUUCAAGUAGCAUCACCAUUUCUGAUGUUAAUUGGAACUCUCAGUUUGUUCAUUUCAAAUAUUCUUGGUGCUCAAGUAAUGGCUGGAUUACAGCAAUCUAUGCUAAGCACACACAUGCGGAGAGGAGGGAAUUAUGGGCUCACCUUACUCAGUUUGCAAGUACUAUCCAAACCCCUUGGUUGGUUGGUGGUGAUUUCAACACUAUUAUGUACAAUGCUGAGCACAAAGGAGAUUCAAUCCCAAAUCUGACUAGUAUGCUUGAAUUCAAAGAAUGUGUUUCCCAAUGCAAUCUUAUUGACAUUCCUUACUCAGGUUGUCAAUACACAUGGACUGGUGUGCGGUCUAGGGGCAGGUUAUGGAGGAGGCUGGAUAGAUGCCUAUUUAAUGAGUCAUUUCUUGACUCAUUUGAUCAAAUUUCUGUUACUAAUCUGAAUCAGGCCCCUUCAGAUCAUUCCCCUAUGCUUAUUCAGUGUUUAAAUAAUUAUCAUUCAGGGCCCAAACCAUUCAGAUUCCUUAACAUGUGGCUCACUCACAACACCUUCUUAAAUACAGUUUCUCAAAGCUGGAAUGAUGGCUUUACAGGAGGGGGCAUGCAGGGAUUGGUUAUCAAAUUGCAGAAACUCAAAAAGGAUCUAAAGAGAUGGAACAAAGAAACAUUUGGCAAUAUUUUUGAUGAUAUCAAAUUCUCUGAGCAGGAAGUCGAAAAGGCAGAAAUGGAUUAUUUAAAUUCUCCUUCUGAGGAGAAUAGAGAGGUCUGGCAGCUCAAAAAAGCUCUUCUUUUGAGAAAGUAUAAAAUUGAGAGGAAAUAUUGGAAGCAAAAAGCCAACGUCAGAUGGCUCAAGGAAGGAGACAGUAAUACCCACUAUUUUCACUCUUAUGUGAAAGUAAGAAGAAGGAAACAAAUGAUUUCUAUCAUUAAAGAUUCAGAAGGGAGGGAAUUAUCAACCUUACCUGAUAUAGGUGUCGCGGCUGUUGAUUUUUACUCCAAUUUGUAUGCAGUAGACCCUCUCAACACAAAUAAUGAGAUUUUAGGGAAUAUCCCUGGAAUCUUGGACCAAGAGGACAAUAAUUACUUGACUGGAAUGCCAACAGAAGAGGAAGUCAAGGGAGCGAUUUGGGAUUUAAAUCAAAAUGGGGCUCCUGGUCCAGAUGGGUUUAACGGGAAAUUUUUUAAAAAAUGCUGGCAUAUUGUGGGUCCUGAUGUAGUAAAAGCUGUUCAAGAGUUCUUCAUUGGAAUUCCUCCUCCCAGAGGUUUUUCUAGUUCCCUAAUUGUCCUAAUCCCAAAGACCGAGGUUCCUUCUACCUUUUCUGAGUUCAGGCCCAUUUGCCUCUCAAAUUUUAAUAAUAAAAUUUGCACCAAAGUGUUGGCUUCUAGGCUUGUGAAGGUUCUGCCUAAGCUCAUUUCUGAAGAACAGGCUGGAUUUGUUAAAGGGAGGGAUAUUUCUGAUCAAAUUUUAAUAGCCCAAGAGAUGGUCCAUGCAAUUGACAAGAAGGUUAGGGGGUCAAAUGUCAUUAUCAAGUUGGAUAUGGCUAAGGCUUUUGAUCAAUUAUCUUGGAGUUAUUUGUUUGAGGUGUUGGACAGGUUUGGUUUUUCUGAUAAAUUUAUUUCUCUUAUUAGAAAUAACCUACAGUCAACCUACCUUUCAAUCAUGAUUAAUGGGAGCCCUCAAGGGUUUUUUCAGCCAAAGAGGGGAGUGAAGCAAGGUGACCCUAUAUCGCCUUUUCUCUUUAUUUUAGCAUCAGAAGGAUUCUCAAGAGGUAUUAAAGCCAGAAUGGAAAAAGGGCUAAUUAAACCUUUCUGGAUGGGGAAUAAGGGUUAUCCUAUCAGCCACUUAGGGUUUGCUGACGACUUGUUGAUUUUUAUUAAUGGUGAUGCGAGGUCAUUGGUGAAUUUCAAAAAAUUUCUUGAAGAUUAUCAAUCUGCCUCAGGACAAACCGUAAACUUGGAGAAGAGCAACUUUAUAACUGGAAAACAGGCUACCUAUAGAAGUUCUACUAUCCAUAGAAUUAUGGGAAUGAGGGUUUCAAGCCUACCUAUGAAAUAUCUUGGAGCAAACUUGCAUAAGGGGAUGAAUAAGUUUCAAUACUGCUCAAACAUUAUUAAUCAUUUUGAUUCAAAACUGUCCCCAUGGCAGCAGAAGAACCUAUCGCAAGGAGGGAGGUUAGUUUUGAUCAAAUAUGUGUUGAAUACCAUUCCUAAUUAUGUUCUUGCUACAGAUAAGCUUCCUAAGAGAGUUAUUUCAGCCUUGGAGAAGAAAAUGGCUUCUUUUUUGUGGGGUUCUACCGAAGGCAGAAGAAAAUUUCAUUGGGCUAAUUGGAUUAAGAUCUGUUUUCCAACUGAGGAAGGAGGACUGGGAGUUAGGGCUCUAUCUGAUGUGGAAAAAGCUUUUAGUUUAAAACUUUGGUGGAAAUGGAGGACUCAGGAUUCUCCUUGGUGCAAAUUCAUUAAGGCUAAGUAUUCCAGAGGUGUUGAUAUGCAGCCUAGAGUUACUGACUCUUCAGUAUGGAGGCGGCUAUGUGGAAUUCAUGACAUUGCUACUAACAUGUGCUCUGUUAACGACACAGGAGCUAUUCAAUGGGAUCCUGGUAUCAAUGGUUGCUUCUCAUUAUCAUCUGCAUAUCAUGAGAUUAGAGAGCAAAGAUCAAUUACGUUCACUGAUAAGCACAUAUGGAACACACAUCAACAAAUGCAGAUAAAGGUUUUCUUAUGGAAGCUUCUAAACUCAUAUUUGCCUACUCCAGAUAACCUUCAAAGAUUUCACCUUAAUCUACAGCCCUCAAUGUGUCCAUUUUGCAGGAGAAGUUGUGUAACAACUAAUCAUUUAUUCUUUGACUGUUCUUAUACUAAGAGGAUCUGGCAGCACUUUAUGGAUAUUUUUGGUAUUAACAUGCCUAGUAGAUCCUCAGUGAGACAAGUGUUGGUUCUUUGGUGGCUGGAGGCAGGUUCAAAAACCAUGGCAGACAUUUUCAAGCAUAAUUUACCUGGCAUUGUCUGUUGGCAUAUCUGGAAAGCAUACACAGCUUAUACAUGGGGGGACAGGGCUAUUCCAGAUUCAGGUCAUACCAUCUCCUUAAUUAAGUUAUACACACAACAAUGGGCAUACAAACUAGCAAAAACCAAAAGGAGGAAGGUGGAAUCGUAUUUAUUCACUGAAUGGUUGCUUCCAACUAAUUUCAAUUUCAAUAACUCUAGAAUUCAGCUAAUCAAAUGGAGAAGACCUACCAAAGCUUAUAAACUGAAUGUAGAUGCUUCGUACAAACCAGGAAUGACAACCGGUGGAGCUAUUCUUCGCAAUCGAACUGGCGAACUUGUUUGGGCAGUCUGCUUUCGUAUCCAGGCACUUUCAAGCGAGGAAGCUGAGCUUAAGGCUUUGAUGACUGCGACUGAGUUGGCUAUAGAAGAGGGAUUCGUUGGUGUUCAAGUGGAAACAGAUGCUACUAGGUCGUUGGAUUUUAUCUCAGGCGGCGAAUCAGGAAACCUUGCUGGGUUUCGGAAUCUUAUCAGGAAGGCGAGGGAGAAGGACUGCUCGUUUGAUCAUGUUUUCAGGCAGGGUAAUGGUCCGGCACAUUACUUAGCAUGCCAAAACUAUCCGGCGGCCCAGGUGGUUCGGUUUGACCGGGUUAGUCAUCUACCUGCAGAAGUGAAGAACAGUUAUUACGCAGAUCUCUUUGGGUUCCCUAGUUUGCGUUUGUAAUUCAUGUAUUUUUAUUUUUGGGUCAGGUAUGACCCUCAAAAAUAUUCUUUAACCUUACUAUGGGUUAUUUUGUUUAGAGGUAUACCUCUACGAGAGGUAUUGGCUUGGUCCCCCUCUCUCAUGUAUUUCUUUGUUUAAUUAAUAAAACAUCGGCAAAUGUUCCCCGGCAAAAAAAAAAAAAAAAAAAAAAAAAAAAAAAAAAAAAAAAAAAAAAAAAAAAAAAAAAAUUAUACGCAAUAUGACACAAUUUAUCCCACAGGAAAUUUGUUGUAUUUUGUAUGAUUAAUUAGGAUAAAAUAUCGGACUAUGGUCAUAAUUUAUCCCACAGGAAAUUAUGAUUCGGAAUAUAGUUUGAUAUGUUUAUCGGUAUGGGUACAAAAUUAUUUAAGACUCAUGC